GGGAAGCUUGUCCCGCGCGCUACACCGUCCGUCUCCAGGGCAACCCGGCGCCUCCUAGCAACCGAGCGCAGCCCUGCCAUGGCGGCCGCGGGGCCUAGCGUCUUCCUGGUCAUGGUGAACGGGCAGGUGGAGAGCGCCCAGUUUCCCGAGUACGACGACCUCUACUGCAAGUACUGUUUCGUGUACGGCCAGGACUGGGCGCCCACGGCGGGCCUGGAGGAGGGCAUCUCCCAGAUCACGUCCAAGAGCCGGGAUGCCAGGCGCGCGCUGGUGUGGAACUUCCCCAUCGACGUCACCUUCAAGAGCACCAACCCCCACGGCUGGCCCCAGAUCGUGCUCAGCGUGUACGGGCCGGACGUGUUCGGGAACGACGUGGUCCGAGGCUACGGGGCAGUGCAUGUGCCCUUCUCCCCCGGCCGGCACAAGAGGACCGUCCCCAUGUUCGUCCCGGAGUCAGCGUCGCGGCUGCAGAGGUUCACCAGCUGGUUCAUGGGACGGCGGCCUGAGUACACAGACCCCAGGGUGGUGGCUCAGGGGGAAGGCCGGGAAGUGACCCGCGUCCGCUCGCAGGGCUUUGUCACGCUCCUCUUCAACGUGGUGACCAAGGACAUGAGGAAGCUGGGCUACGACACCGGGCCUCCGGACACACGCGGCGUCUUGGGGCCCAGCCCGCCCCAGGGCCUCCCCCGGUGACGCCCCUGGAGGGCGCAGCCACCUACCUGUCUGCCUGAGCAGCGGCGGAGUGGGGCGGGGUGUAAUAAAGCGUCGCCUUCUCACGAGUGCCCUCGGCGGUGCCCGGGAGCUGGGAGCCUCCUCUGCACCUCCGCAGGCUCAGCCCUGAGACACGCGUGUCCCUCCUCAGCGCCAGGCACUUGUCACACUGGCCGUGCCACGUGGCCGCCAGCCUCCCUCGGAGGAGAGGCCCCCAGCGGCCCAGAGAACGGGCUGAGAGCUCGGUGGGGGGAUCCAGCUUCCCGGCAAGUGUGCCAUCUGCCCUGAGCCCGUGCCAGGCCCCCUGACCGCCCCCCAGCUCCAGGCGAGCCCUCUGGACACACACACAGCUGCUCCAGUGUCCUCCCGUCAGCAGGAUUUGACGGGAGCGCCCCCAGUGACCCCAGGCUCCCACCCCCCACCGCCUGGCUGUCUCCAGGUCAUGCCUUCGCCCCACACGUUUACGCUGCUCAGGGCCCCCAGCCCCGCCCCGCCUCACUCUCCCAUCAGUAAAGUUCCCAGGAUCCUGACCCUC